AGAGAAGCAAAGGAGGCACACUUUGAGUUGGUUUUGCUUUGCUAAAACAAGAAUAAAUACCCAUUUUUGCCACCUCCUUACAAUAUGAGCAACACACCCGUCCAGGACCCUCCAGCCCACAAGAUGUCUUCUAGUAGUGGUCAGAUCUUACCCUCUAGGCCUGCACAACCCAACUCUGAACCUCCAGCUUCUAAACGUCUGUGUUUCUACAAAAGCGGUGACUAUCAAUUCAUUGGGCAUCGUAUGAUAGUCACUGCCCGCACCUUCAAGACGUUUGAUGCCCUGCUGGAUGCUCUGUCCAAAAAAGUGCCUCUGCCGUUUUGUGUACGAACCAUAACCACACCUCGGGGAACUCACUUCGUCAAAGCUUUGGAAGACUUACAGGACGGAGGAGCUUAUGUGUGCUCAGAUCAGAAACGUGUGAAGCCACUAAAUCUGGAUGAGGUGAACCGUAGGCAGCUUCCUUGGAAUGCCACAAGGCCGCUCAAUGCAGGAGGGCGAAAGAGACCAAAGCUCCGCUUUCGUCAGUUUGAUAAUACAAGCAAGAGACCACCGAAGGUCACAGAGAGAGCAUCUGUACGGACACCCAGGAAGCUCCUAGUUAUCAAAAACAGGGAUCCGACAGUUAGACGAUCUGUUGUCUUGCAAAGAAAAACAGCACCAACAUUUGAUGCUUUACUGGAUUACCUCUCUCAGAUCCUCCAGUUUCCAGUGCUGAAACUCUACACCACAGAUGGUAGACGGGUUGAUGGCCUUGCUGCACUUAUCCUCUGCUCUGGAAUAAUUGUGGCAGCUGGCAAUGAGCCUUUCAGAUUAGGAAACCAGCGUUUUAACAGAGCAGGGCACACACCCCAGAUCAUGUAUGUGAACCACGAGGAACCAUUGCCAAUGCAACCUAAAAUGCAGAAGCGCAAGAAGUCCUUAUCCAGUGGAAGAGGCUCCAGAAAUUUCUCCAUCUCAUCAGAGCGAUUCAUCGUUAACCAGAUAAACAGCUCUCAGAAUGAAAGCUUGAAUGGCUACCUGCACCGUCCCAGUGGGCCAUCUGGAACAGAAGCUCAUCAGCAUCAUGCAGCCAUGGAGACAUGUGGACCUGAGGGGGGAAAUAUUGAGCACAGUAACUACAUCGUCCCUCAUGAUGAUGACAUUGAGAAGUCUUUCCGCAUAAAUCAAGACGGCAGCAUGACAGUGGAGAUGAAAGUUCGUCUGACAAUCAAGGAGGAGGAGAUGCUUCACUGGACCACCACACUGAGCCGCUCCGGCCUGGCUAAGAAUACAGUAUGUGCCUCCCUUUCUGGGUCAGAUAACAGCUCACCUGACUCAAAUGAUGCCUUUGCCAAAGACUCCACAGGUAUUCAAGAGCAUGAAAGAAAAGUAGAAAACUAUCAUGACAGAGGUACAAAAGGUGUUGCCUUUAAUGAUGAACGCAGCUACAAAAGCUACAGCUCGACAACUUUGGACAGAGAAAUAACACGGUUUAAGCGCACUCCAACACCAGGGCCACAACAUGUGAAUGAGAGGGCUUCUAUAGAGAGUAUGAAAAUGGUUACAGAGACAGAGGUUAAACAGAACACCCUGGGACAUUACUCAUAUAUGGAGAGAACUGCUGACGGCGAGACUACCGAAGGAUAUUGUGUUGUUAGACACAGCAGCAGCAACAAACCAGUCCCUAGAGCUCGUAGGACGCCAUUGUCAGGAGUGAGCAAAAGAAGCUCCUCUGCCGGAUCAUCGGGGGUCGCUGAGGUCCUUCACAUAAAAAAUGAUGGAAUGGAGGUUACAGAGACCGUGAUGCAUAUUUACGAGAGUCAGGGCUGCUAUGACAACUAUGUUGCAAAUGAGGAGUUCAGUGCAGAUGGCACUUCACCGGUGGCAGAAAGCAAACCAUCCACUACCUCAGGGCCUAACUUGUCCAGCAAUGACUGUGAUAUAGAUUGUAACUGGCAUCCGCCCACCACUGACUCAGUACAGAGGGAGAAAGAGGAGAUUCUAUCGCUAUCAUCAGGGCCAGGAUCUUUGACACAUCAGUCUACAAACAAUCUAUCUUCAGUAACUAAGAAGGAGGUUGUCUGCUCAAAGAUGUUGGAAGCAGUUAACAAGGAUAGUUCUGUUAAAAGUACCCAGAAGAAAAAAAUUGCUAAGCCUCUUUGGAAUGAGAAAGGUUCAGCUUCAACAAACAGCUCAGAUAGAAAACAUCAAGAAAGUACAAAAGGAUCAUCAAAGCAGAGUAAAUAUUCAUCUACUGACAAGCUGAGCAGCAACACCAGUGUAGGGAAAAAAAGCUUAAAUUCAUUGGAGGGAUCUAAAAGUUUGCUAAACAAUAAAUCAGUCAAAACGUCUGAAUCUAAGAAAUCAAUAAAAACAGAAAAAAUGUCCAAAAAUGCUUCAAUCUCAUCGCUCAACCCUGGAAAUACAAAAAUUAACCCGCAGAGGAAAAAAAGCCAGAGCAAAAUAGCAGCAAAAGAUAAUGGCCACAAUAUUAACACUCCAACGGGAAGGCCUCAGAUGAAGAAGAACAUGUCAGACAUCUUACAAACCACAAAAACACUUUCCCCCAGUAAAAAGACAGUCAGCCGGCCAAAGUCCAUGACCGAAUUUGUACCAUCACCAGCCAAAUCAUCUUUAGAACAGAGCGAGAAUGCCUCAUUACCUUCUUUAAAUCCCUCUCCUUCGGAAAUACACCAAUAUGUUGAAAACUGGUUGGAAAAAGUCAGCCAGGACCCUGUGCUGUACACAGAGGAUAUGUUAACAGAUGAAGCAGAAACUCGUGAAAAGGUAGUAUUUAAGAUAGGUGGCGAUUCAGAAUCAGAUGAAAUAAAUCAAUGUCAGACUAUAUCAAACGAUGCAAUGAAAAAAUCCUCCUCGUGUUUAUCAGUUCCUCUUUGCCAUGGGGGGCUGGCAACAUGUGAACAGAUAAGCCGAGGUCUUUGUGUUUCAAUGCCAAGUGUCAGGGCAGACCCAGAAAACCACGAAAAUAAACUCAGGUUACACAAAUCUGUUGACGCCAUUGGUCCAAAUGAAGGGGAACCAUCUUCAUCUAACUUGUUGAGUCCUAAGGCAAAGCUAAAACCAGUUCUUCGUCAGGUUUGUUCAUCAAUUCAGUGCAUUAGAAGAGCAUCUGCCAGCAGCACUGACCCCACUCUUAAAAAUUCAAGCAGUCUUCCAAAUUUCUCAACACAAGUUGCCUCAGUGUUUGGCUCAUCAUGUAAAGCCUUUGUCUCAUUCUUGUCAGUAAUGACACUGAGAGAUAACUUGGAAAGUUCCCAACUUGGGGAAGGGAACCAAUCAAGAACCCCUUCAGAGGCCAUGCUAAUGAUGGAGUCACUGCAGAAGAUAUCUGCUUUAGAAGAUGAAGAAGAGCAAAGGGAAAGUCUUACCAACUUGCAAAGCAGAGCAUCUUCCAAACUAAGAGAGAGCUGGAAGGAUUUCCAGACUCUGAGGGAGAGGCUGGAGAGUGAACCACUCUCUCCCAGAGUUUCAGAGACUGAGUUUGCACUGGAUGUGGUCUCUGAAGGUGGUGAUGCAUUUGAUGAUCAACAAAUGGUCCUUAAUGAACUCAUGGAGGAGCUGAACAUGCCGCAAGACCUCAGAGAGGAGAUCGUCUCCACAAUCCAACAAACCAAAAGUUUCUACCCUGCUGAGGAGAGCACUUUUGUUGAGACUGUUAGAAACCAGUCAGAGUCAGAGGAAGAUGUAGAACGAUUUGUUGAGGAGUGUGAAGAGGAAACUAAAGAUUCAGCAGUCAACCUGGAUGAAAUGUCAAAAGAUAGUGGAGACUCAAAAAGAUAUGAAGCACUUACAAAUAAGAGGCAAGAUGAAGAAAAGAUAAGUCAUUUUGGAAAGAAAACAGAUUUAGAUGUGAAGGAAAAUGAGUACUUGAAAAGUGAAUCGGACACAAAGAAGGAGGUGAAAACAGAGAUGUUGGAAGAUUCAGAGGAAGGGAAGGCAAGUGUUGGGAAAUCUGGCAACAAAAUAGAAGAAGAUAAAACAUGGAAUGGAGAGGUUACAGAGCAGAGAUCAGAGGAAGAAACAAAUUUUGAAAAUGAGGAAACAGGAAAUGAGGAUAGUGUUGAAGAUACAGAUGAGCGGGAGGGGGAAUGUGAGACAGAGGAGGAAGGAAACUGUCAGGAUAGGGAGACUGAAGAAACUAUGAAAAAUGAAGAGGAAAUAAAUGAAGUGGUGGUAGAGGAAGAGGAGAAUGGGGAGGAACAGGAGGGGGAGCAGGGGGAGGAUUAUGAGGAGUCAGAGGAGGAAGAAAACUGUCAGGAUAGGGAGCCUGAAGAAACUAUGAAAAGUGAAGAGGAAGUAAAUGAAGUGGUGGUGGAAGAAGAGGAGAAUGAGGAGGAGCAGGGGGAGGAAGAGGAGGAGGAUCAUGAGGAGGAAGAGGAGCAGGACCGCGAAGAGGAGGAUCAGGAGGAGGAACAGGAGGAGGAAGAGAAGGAGGAGGGGGAGAGCGCAACAGAGAAAUUUGAAGGCUCUCUCUCUGAGGAAACAGAGAAGGAAGUGGAAGAGGAAACGGGGGAAAAGGGGGGAAAUAGUGAGAUAUUAGAGCAGGAAAACAAUGAAUAUGACAAGACUUCAGGUGGAGCUAUUUUUGAACUUAAUAAGUUCAAUGCUAAGAGAAGUGAAUACAUUUCAGAUAAUGCUGAGGAAAAAGAUGAGGACGAGGAAGUCCAGCUAACAGCUAGCGAUAGUGAAGGAAGCAGGGAAGAGGAGAUGGAAAAUAAGGAAGACGAAAAGAGUGAAUAUGAAGAAGAAAAGGAAAGUGAGAAUGAAUCAGAUGGAAAAAAGAAUGAUGAGUUUGAAGAUGAGGAAAAUUGUGUGAUGAAUACAAAAAUUAAAUUGCUGGAUGAAAUAGGUGAACAUGAGGAUGACAACGAGCAAAACAUGCCAUCAGUGCAAACUGUAGAAGAAGAAGAGAGGAAAAGUGAUGAAGAAAGCAAAGCAAAUCAGACAUUGGAACCGAUGGAAGUUGCACAAAAAGAUCAGGUGGAGAAAGGGGCUGUUUCUGAAAAUUUAGAUAAUAUCCCCCCCUAUCAUGACUUUAAAACAAUGUCAAAUGAAGCUAUUUGUCAGCAGCAGCACAGUAAUUCCUGUGAAGAAACUGAGGAAAGUCUAUCUAAACAUUCCUCUGAAGGCCAGUACAAUGACAAAUGUACAGACACUAUUCAUGAGACAGAUGAAGGUGGAGAAGAGGACAGAAGGAACAGUUUAACCCAUCCAGUGGAAAUCUCUCAGGAGCUCCUAGACUUUGUGAAUGAUGCUCUUCAGUCUUAUUCACUUAUAUUCACAUAUGAUACUCAAGGAAAUAUUAGAAUAGCUCCUGAUAAUGCUAGAGUUGUACAAACUAAGCAACAUUUGAUACCAAAACCCAGAAAUGAUAGUUCUUAUGGUCUAAAAUGCCUCCCAAGCCCAGUCACAUCUGAUUUAUCUGAUUACCGACCAGAGACAUCGGGCAGUGGAGGAUAUAAAACUCAGGAGUCGAUAGACAUUGUCUCAGAAAGUGGAGAAGAGCCUUUAGAUGAAGCAAACGGCACUGAGGGAAGAAUCUUAGAACAAAGGCUUUUAAAACUGUCUGCUGCAAAUUGCUCAUUAAAAAGUGGAAACAGUCCUUCCAGUGAUGAAGGCUCUAAAGCUUCUGGGGAAGAUCUCUCUUAUUUCAGUGCUGCAAGUUCAAUAAAAGCAGAAACUGAAAAUGGAACAGAAAAUACACAAGAAGUACCUCUAACUUUUGAUAAAGACUCAGCUGAUGGGGUUUUGAUUGAUCGAGGGAGAUGGCUUCUUAAGGAAAACCAUCUCAUAAGAAAAUCCCCCCCGGUCUCGCUGGGAAUGUACAGUAAUCUGGACAGCACAUCGACAGACACAGGCCAGGAAAAUGGAAGCAUAGACUCCCCUUCAUAUUCUAAAACCAAGCACAGACCCCUUGCUACAAUAUCUUCCUCAGAGCUCGAGGAGAUGGCCAAGCCUUUGACUCCAAAAUGCACCUACUACAACAUGCCACAUGGAAGCGAUUCCGACCCAUUCUUAGAUGAGCUAAGUGUCAGGAGCAUGAAACACGACGCAAGCAGCAUAAAAGCAAGAGGCUUCAGGGUCUCGCCGACUGUUGACACAUCCAAAACUUGGGCUAAUAGAAAUGGCAGUCUGUCCUCAUUUGCUUCAGUUGAGUUUAAAAUCCCAGACAGAAAAGUGCAUCCGGAGGUUGUGUCCUCUGCAGUAACAGAGCCAAGAAGGACAUCCAAUGGUGAACAGGGUGCACUGCAAGCUCAGGACUCCUUGGACUCUCUGCAUUUAAGAUGUGGGCAAUACUGCCCUAUAUUAUAAAAAGAGAAACUCUAAUUUAAAAAAAUUAAAACAAAAACACAUUAUACGUUGUGUUUUAUGGGUAACUUUGUCUUGUUUUGCUGCUAGAAGAUGUUCUCUUCAGUUAGACUGUAAUCAACAGGAACCUCAGUGAUUCGUUUGGUGAAUAACAGCAGUGCCUCUUAAUUAUCUAGAGAUACAGUCAAACAUUAUGUUAAAUAUGCAGUAACUUCAGUGCUGUCUUUAAGGUGGUUACUAAUGAAGUUAACCUGAAAAUAAAUAUGAUUUAUUUUUUAUGGAUUUGAUGUUUCUGACUUUCAUUGCUAAAUAAUGAAUUUAAUACUAAAGAAACCUUUCUGUAUCUGCAUGUUUUAUAGUUUUAGAAACUGGGCAAAGGACAAAGAAAUUUUUUUAACAGAGAACAUUCUAUGUCGAAAACCUACAUUGAACUGUUUUUCUUUCUAUUUAGGCAACAUGUAAUUUUUAUCUCACCACUUCCUUUAUUUGAAAUCUGCAGCCUCCCUGCAUACAGGGUUCCUAAUUAGUGUGUCUACCUGAUUUUUUUCCAAUGCAGAGAUAAUCUUACCUUAGUUCAAA